CAUUUUAUUAAUAAGUAAAAAUCAACAAUAUAAAAUUAAAUAAACUGCGAUUUACGCGUCAAUUUGAUUUCGUCGAGAUAAAUGUAUGUACAUUGUAAAUAAUAUAAGAAACUGUAAUUAAUUUUAAAUAAAAACUAAUUUUUACUUAAAUUUUUUUUAUGUCGCGAGUUAAUUAUUUGCCUUAUUUACAGGCUGGCCUAGAUCCACUACACUUUUUCUAAUUCAAUUCGAUAUGAUUACUAAUUAUACGAUGUCAAAGUAGGAACGUAAUAAACUAUCACAGUUGACUGUUAUCAGAAUAUCAUAAUUCCAUGAGUAAUAUCGCGCCGUUAAUUGUACCGAUAGAAUCACGUGUGUAUUUAAAAAGCGCGUCGUCUCUCGUCACUCAUGUAUAAUCAUUAUCGUCGCUUAUGACAUCGUCGUUGCAGAACAAACGCCGGUGACCUAAUAUCGCCCGUUAUGUACAAAGAGUAUUUAUCUGGAAAAAGCCCGACCUUGCCGCCGCUCGCGGCAAGGUCCCCCUAUUUAAAGCACGCAGGUCGUAUAAUUAGUAGUUAUAUAUUCCGUUCAACUCCUCCGUAAAAUUCCUCUCGACGGUUUUGCAUUAUCGUAAUCAACGUGAAUUAUUCAGCUGUUCUUUUCGUAAAAUGUUUUGAUCAUUUAUCAUUGACCAGUUCUAUGAAUAAAAGAUUAAUUAAUCGCUCCGGCGCGCGUGAUCGAUGUAUUCCGCGUCGUCAAAUCAAUUUCGUCGAAUCAAGGUGUGACGAAAAAUUGUCCGAUUACCGAUGUCUAUCCGGCAAAUUGCUUUCGCUGCCAAACGUCCGCAAUUUCAUAGACAGGCGUAUCAUUGCCGCCGUCGACCACCCCGGCAAACAUCGAGGGGGACAUUUCGCUCGAGAUACGAACGUCAGCCGGUCGCGCGACUCGCGUAAGGUGCCGCAUGCCGUGCCGUUGAACAUCGAUAAGGAUAACACGAAUGUUUGCCUUGUAAUUACGCUGAGACGCGACGAUCCAUCAGAGGGGGCAGUCACGAAACAUUUCCACCGCAGACAAGGCCUGCGUUAAGAGAUAAAAUCAUCGAACGAGUUGAACGACAUCGCAAUGAAUCAAGAGAGAGAAUGAUCGUGAAAUGGAGGAUUCUUCGGAGCGAGAGAAGAAGAGGCCGACCUUCAACCUGUGGAACGACGCGCAAAUUUUAACGCAUCUUACCUCGAAUGUCGACCGAGCGCCCGAUUACGUCCGCAUGAAGAUAUUCAAUGCGCCCGUGAUGCCGUCGCGAACCUACAACCGCAAUUCCAAUGAGAAUUAUUACAACACCGCCGAUAGAGCGUCGCUUGAUUAUCUAAAGACCAGCAACGACGCCAUCCCGUCGUACUCCGUUAACACCGUGCACCUGCAGAAUCCCUACAGGCCGCCCCAACGAUUGGAAGGAUUCGCGUCUCGCGAUCACACGAAGGGUAUUUAUCGGUCGCAAGAUUUCACCCUGAGAUCGAGAUACAACAAUCUGUUCGCAAAGAAGGAAUCACCCGCUAACAAAAACAAUGAUCAAGCGAACGGAAAAACGGAAAGUAUUGCUCUUAGAUCGAAAACUGGGAAGAAGCAUGAAAGAUGCACAGAGAUCAGUGAGCUUGCCAAGCAGUAUUGCUCGUACAGCACCCUUCACGGUUUGCGUUACGUCGGUGACUCAGGAUUGUCAAUCGUAGAAAGAAUAUUUUGGAUAAUCUCGUUCACUACCGCGCUAACAGUGGCCAUAUAUUACAUUUGUUAUCUCUAUCAGAAAUGGAACGGAGCUCCCAUCAUUAUUUCUUUGAGUCCCGAUCCGAUUUCCCUUAAUGAAUUUCCGUUUCCCUCUGUAACAAUAUGCAACAUGAAUAAAGUGAAAAAGACGGAGGCAAAACGGAUCGAGCGUGGGCUCGAUGAAUUGGAUAAGCUAUUAAUGGAAGAUAUUUGCAAUUCGGAAAGCAACGUAACUUACGAGCAACAGACUGUAGACUGGGACAGGAUGCUACGGUUUAUGAUCAAUGUAUCCCAACCGUGCACAGACAUGUUAUAUUACUGCCUUUGGCACGGGAAUCAGACCGAUUGCGAAAGGAUUUUUAAUCCUACCAUGACCGACGAGGGCAUUUGUUGUAAUUUCAACUCGGUGACCAAGAAACAUCUCUUCUAUAACGCACGCGACUGGCCCGACCUGAAUAUAACGUAUCCAUCCGAGAGCGUUGAUUGGAAUGCUGAAAAGGGAUAUGAUGCGAGUAUGUCAGCGGAUGUUAUACCAUGGAGACCUUAUGGUGCUGGACUGAUUUACGGCUUGACUUUGGCUCUUGAUGUUGAUAUGAAUGAGUAUUAUUGUUCGUCGACUGCCGGCGCGGGCUUUAAAAUGCUGCUCCAUAAUCCUGUGGAGACACCGAAAGUCGCUGAUUUCUCGUUCGCGAUCACGCCGGGCGAGGAGACCCGAGUGAUCGUACGGCCGCGAAUAUCGACCGCCAACCCAGCAAUAAUUUCCAUACCGCAAAGGAAGCGGAAGUGCUUCUUCACGGCCGAAAGAAAAUUGCGUUAUUAUCGGACGUACACGCAGAGAAACUGCAUUCUGGAGUGCGAGGCGAAUUUCACGCAGCAGCUCUGCGACUGUGUACAGUACUACAUGCCAAAAUCAUCAAACACGCCAAUUUGCGGCAAGAAAGACGAACCAUGCGCUAAACGUGCCAGACGAGCUAUGGAAGUCAAGCUCUAUGACGAGGAUUUGACGAGCAACAUUACGAAGAUACCAAGCUGCAAUUGCUGGCCAGGCUGCUUCGAGAUCAGUUACAGGGUAGAGCUCUCGCAAAACAAACUGAUACCGAACUUCCAAAUCGACAAACGAUAUAUGAAGAAAGACAUAAAUUACUUCACGGAAAACAUGGCAGUGGUUCAUCUGUUCUUCGUGGACUCCCAAUUCACGAAAUACGUAAAAAACGAGCUCUUCGGAUUCAUUGAAUUUCUGUCGAGUACGGGAGGCUUGCUGGGUCUUUUCAUGGGUUUCAGUUUUUUGUCGUUUAUGGAAAUACUGUAUUUUUCAACUAUACGAGUGUGGUGCCGCUUAAUCAAUCGCCGGGAAUAUCGGAGACCCACCGUGACACAUCCUAUAGACGACAACAAAAAAGUGAUCUAUCCGUUCAGGAAUUGAAUUAAGUGUAGAUAUCACGUAAAUAGCGAUCUAGCAGGUGAAGUGUAUCGCCGGAAGUUUGAGUAUAUUACUAUUAAUGGAGUACUAGUAUUUAUAUGUGAAUAUUAAUUCAACCGUCCGAGAACUGCUUGCAGCAAAGUUAUAUUAGUAUUUUAAUCAAUCUUUAUUAACUUCAGUUUAUGCCAAGAAGUGGACCUGAUUUACAAAAUAACUCACUCAUACCUUCCACGCAACCUUAAUAUUUAUAAUUCUACCUACUUUUCUUUACUCUAGCUUCUUUCUCCUUCCACAAUUGUUUCAAUACUUUUCCUUAUAGCCCUAUCUAUUUCAUCAUUUCAUAUUUUAUCUAUUAUUUCUUCUUUAUUUCUUCCUAAUUUUAUAAGCCAAUCUUUGGUAAACUCACAAUUCUCUGCAUAGUGGCUAAUGGUGUCCCUACCUUUUCCACAAAAUACACAUAACCGAGCACAUAACUUUUCAUCCUCUUCUAACUAUAAUAUUUAUUUCCUUCCUCCAGCAAAAUUAUUAAUAUAUAGUUCUAAUUUCUUGCUAGAGAUGUCCGUGAUCACCGACUCCAGAAUUAACGAUUUUCCAAAUUACUAAUUUGGAAAUUACUAACUAGAACGAAUUUAAUCUUUGGAAUGAGUUAAUUAUGUGUGUUUGUAAAGAUAAAUCAAUUUCUGGAUUAAAAAGAUUUCAAUAUGAAAAGAAAGUUGUAAAAUAUACUACAUUUUGACCUCUCUCUCUACAAAAUUUUAAUUCUACUUUUUAAAUGUCAAAUAAACAUCAUCUUUCGCAAUUGUGUGCUGCGAGUUUCUUGGCCACGUGUCGUCGACACAUAUAUCAAGUCAUAUCGGUGACGACGGUGACCGAUGUAACGAUCGACAGGUGAAACUUUCAAGGUUUCGAGACACGGAGAGACGUGAGGACAGUCGCGUUGUCAGCGUUCUCAGUUCUCACUGCCGUGAGCGACGAGCGGCGGAUAAGGGUCAUUUUCGCGUGCUUAUGGUACGGGAAUCUCGUCAUUUCCGUCAUUCCCGUCUCGCGUAGGUAUCCGGCGUCAAUCGCGGGAUGGGUUAACAAAUCGCGGAGCGACGCGGCGAGCUUCUUGU